GCAAGAUAUAAGGUUGACAAAGAAUGGCAAAAGUACUAUGUCUUUAGAACAAUGGCAGAUCUUUGGAGAGCUUCGAAAUCAAGAUUGGUUUCUAAACUUAGGAAGGCACCCAAUGAAGAAGCAAGAAUGAACCUGAAACCUGAUAACAUCAACUCAGAAAUUGAGUGGAAAAGUUAUGUUAGAGAAAAAAAUAGUGCUGAGUUUAAGGCCAAAAGUGAGAAAUUCAGAAAGAUACGGACAAAGAAAUUGCCUCACACGUGUAGCCGUAAAGGAUAUGCACGCUUGACUGAAGAAUUGGUUAAUAAUAGCGGAAGCAAAGAAGCACCUUCUAGAGUUGAUGUUUGGACUAAGGCACAUAUGAAGAAAAAUGGUCAACCUAUAAAUUCAGAAGUGGCUGAAGCUUUUGAUUUAGUGGAAGAAUAUAAAAAAAAUCUAACUAUUUCUUCAACUACAAGUGUUAAUGAUGACAUUCUAACAAAGGUGCUUGGUCCUGAAAAGAAUACAUAUUUGAGGGCUUUUGGAAGAGGAGUUACUCGGUCAAAGUUGGCAAUUGUUUCUGAACGAGAUGAUCACAUGAUUCAAAUAAAAGAUCAAUGUAAUGACUUGAAGGAUAAAAUGUCACACAUGGAGCAACUAAUUCAAUCUUUACUAAAAAAUUAGAAUGAACCUGUUCAAAGUGGGGAGCAAUCAAAUGCCCAUGUUCCAUCAUCUCCUGUGAGUGUAAGGGAUAACAUUUAUGGUCAAAAAUGGAAAAUAUUGGAUUGGACUGGAUCUGGAGAUAUUAUUGCAGAUGGACACUUCAGUUCAAGUGACCCACAAGAUGAGGUUCAUCAUGUUCCUCUUGGUUCAAAUGCCAUGAAAGUGGGAAUAGAUUUUGCAAGGAAACCCAAUGCAUUUCUUUGGAGGCCUACAUCUAACAUUUGCCAUAUGGAAGAUGCUAUUGGUAGUAUAAUUGCUUGGCCAACUGAAAAAGUGAGAAUGAACUGACCAAGAUCACAGAUAGAUGGAAACAAAUGGAAGGUCAUGGCACACUUUUUGAGCUCGCCAAUAGGCUUUCAAAUCUAGUGCAAAUAACAAAGCAUCAAAAUAUCUUUAUAUUUCGUUGUUCACUUUUAAAGUGAAACAUGAAAGUUUUUUCAAAUUUUAGUUAAACCUUUUAUCUAGAAGUUUAUUAUGAUGACUUUGAUUCUCUAAACUUUACUUUUUGAAAGAUGGUUCACUUAAGUGAAAUAUGUAUUUGGACCGAGUUACCUAAUAUGAUGAUAUUGACAUUUUUUAAGAUUUAAUGCUUUUUUUUUUAUCA